CCAUGGAAGCCCCGCCCCUCGGCCGCGCCAUGGCGCUGUCCGCGCUGGAGCGGGAUCCGGCGGCCGGGGGUCGCUUCGCCUCCGCCGUGCCCCCUCUGUGCCGCCGCCGGCCUUGCGUGCUCGGCGUGGACGAGGCGGGCCGGGGGCCGGUGCUCGGGCCGAUGGUUUACGCGAUCUGUUACUGCCCCGAGGAGAAGCUGCCGGAGCUGGAGGCGCUGGGGGUGGCAGAUUCGAAGACGCUGUCGGAGGCGGAGCGGGAGCGGCGCUUCGGGCUCCUGGAAGCGGCGGGGGAUUGGGUGGGGUGGGCGCUGCAGGUGCUGCCCCCCGACCACAUCUCUGCCUGCAUGCAGCAGCGAGCCAAGUACAACCUGAACGAACUGUCCCACGACACGGCAGCAGAGCUGAUCCAGUUCGCGAUCGAUUCUGGGGUGCAGGUGGCCCAGGUGUUUGCAGACACGGUGGGGCCGGCGGACAAGCACGAGGCGCGGCUGCGGCGGCGCUUCCCGGGGCUGGGGGUCACCGUGCGCCCCAAGGCCGAUGCGCUGUUCCCCACAGUCAGUGCCGCCAGCAUCUGCGCCAAGGUCGCCCGGGACCGUGCUGUGCUCCACUGGAACUUCGUGGAGAAGUUGGGGGACCCCGACCGCGAUUAUGGCUCCGGAUACCCCAACGACCCCAAGACCAAGGAGUGGCUGAGGAGGAACCUGCACCCCAUUUUUGGGUUCCCCCAACUUGUCAGGUUCAGCUGGGGCACGGCACAGACACUGCUGCAGCAAGGGGGGGUCCCAGUGCACUGGGCUGAUGAGGACCCCACGGAUGACCCCACAGCCCCCCCCCUCGGUGCUUUCCUUCUUCGCCCGGAGCCCCCCCCAGCGCACCCCCCACCGCUUCUUCCAGGAGCGCAACCUGCGGGCCCUGGCUGAGCUGUGAACCCCCCAAAAAAGGGGAGACACCCCCCCCCCAAAAUGGGGGCCCAAACCCCAGCUGAUUAUUUUGUAAUAAAGAAUUUAAA